AGUGGGGAGGGGUCCCGGGAGUCGGGCCGGAAGCUGCCGGCAGCUCCCUGGGUCUGGCUUCCGGGGCGUGCGGCUCGCUGGGAUCUGUCUCUGCCGGGCGUUGUGUGUCCUGCGUCGGCUGCUGGACAGGUUCCCGCCGCAAUGAGCGUGGGCUUCAUCGGCGCCGGCCAGCUGGCCUGUGCCCUGGCGCGGGGCUUCACGGCCGCAGGCAUCCUGUCUGCACACAAGAUCAUAGCCAGCUCUCCGGAAAUGGACCUGCCCACUGUGUCCUCGCUCAGGGUAGGGCGGCGCAGGGGCGUGGGGAGCAAGAAGAUGGGCGUGAACCUGACCCGAAGCAACAAGGAGACCGUGAGGCACAGUGAUGUCCUGUUCCUCGCUGUGAAGCCGCACAUUAUCCCCUUCAUCCUGGACGAGAUCGGGGCGGACGUCCAGGCCAGGCACAUCGUGGUGUCCUGUGCUGCUGGAGUCACCAUCAGCUCUGUGGAAAAGAAGUUGAUGGCCUUCCAGCCGGCCCCCAAGGUGAUUCGCUGCAUGACCAACACACCGGUGGUGGUGCGGGAGGGCGCCACAGUGUACGCCACAGGCACCCACGCCCUGGUGGAGGAUGGGCAGCUCCUGGAGCAGCUCAUGAGCAGCGUGGGCUUCUGCACGGAGGUGGAAGAGGACCUGAUUGAUGCCGUCACGGGGCUCAGUGGCAGUGGACCUGCCUAUGCAUUCAUGGCUCUGGACGCCUUGGCUGAUGGUGGGGUGAAGAUGGGCCUGCCUCGGCGCCUGGCGGUGCGCCUGGGGGCGCAGGCCUUGCUGGGGGCCGCCAAGAUGCUGCUGGACUCGGAGCAGCACCCAGGUCAGCUCAAGGACAACGUCUGCUCCCCUGGAGGGGCCACCAUCCAUGCCCUGCACUUCCUAGAGAGUGGUGGCUUCCGCUCCCUGCUCAUCAAUGCCGUGGAGGCCUCCUGCAUCCGCACACGAGAGCUGCAGUCCAUGGCUGACCAAGAGAAGGUCUCCCCUGCUGCCCUCAAGAAGACUCUCCUGGACAGAGUGAAGCUGGAAUCCCCCACAGUGUCCACGCUGACCCAUUCCAGCCCGGGGAAGCUGCUCACAAGAAGCCCGGCUCCUGGGGGCAAGAAGGAGUGAGGUGGCCUCUGCCCUCCUUCCUGGAACCAGAGCCCAGAGGAGGACCGUGCAGUGGGAGGGCAGGUCCGCAGUUUUCAGGUCCUUAUGGUAAAACCUCCUUAAAUCUGUUCAGACCUGGCUGCGCUAGUUUCCCGUCUUGUCCACGUCAGAAGAUGCUCCCGGGGUGGGUGAUGGUGGCGGCCGGAGGCAGGCCUGCGCACCUGUUGCCGGAGAGAGAGGCUGUGACUCCAGUCAGAGCCCCACUGGCUGCAAGGUCUGGAGACCUUCAGCUGGGGUCCUCCGUCCGGAGAUCGAGCCAGGGUCCGCUUGACGCCGGGUGAGGGCGGAGAGAGGUACGGAACGUGACAAGGGCUUUUCUCUCUGGCUUAUAAAUGCAAAAGAAUCAGGCAACUUAGAAUUGUUACACUUAAUCAGAAAAGCACGAAAUUAGACCAUGCUUCUGUUUAACUCUUACUUCCCUAGGUGUCCUGUUGGAAAAGCGUUACUCAGCGCUGUUAAGUUUAGCUGCUUCAAUAAAAGUUUUAUUUUUUAUUACCCUG